AGCAGCGGCUGUCAGAGGGGGGGUUGAGACAAGGGGAGCAACUCGUAAUGGAGUUUAGAGACCAGGCAAUAAUUAUAAACUAAUUAGGCUAAUUGUCACCUGACCGUUUAGACGGUGUUUAUUUUUACCAAAGCAGUUUUUAAAUUUUAUUUUUUGUCAUUCGUUGACUUUGCCGUGAAUGUCUAACAGAGAAGAUCCGCUCUUAAUGUUUCACUUUUAGUGCUAUGUUGAGCCUCGGGGUGAAAACGUUGUAUGUGUCGAAGCCGUGCCAAAUGGCUGUUGUCCUAUUUUAACGGUUGGCACUGCAAGUGUGGACUUGUUUCCUUUUGUGAUGGUAGAGGGAUGCACUGGAGCGCUAACACCUGUCGUUACUCUUCCGAUGCUACACUCCUCUGCGUGCUCUGCCCUUCCUGAAUGUGUUUCGUGAAAUGACCGUAAGCACGGGAGCGUUGAGUUUGAGCUGUCAGGAUGUCACCAUGUCCGACUCGACUUGAAUGUCUCCGACAUUUCACAGUGCACUGAAACCCCGAUGCCCAUAUAAGGAGUGGCAGAAAGCAUAGAGAAAGAAGGGUUAAAGAACAAAUAUGGGGAGUGUCCUCUGAACCAGUCCGACCGACCUGCUCCCAGUUUCACAGAUGAGAGAUACUGGCUUCUCAACAGGAAGCCUUCGAAAUGCUUUUAAUAGUUUUCUUGGCUGCGCGUUGCUCUAAAUAUCUCUAUGCGUCAAUUGUAGGCAUAAGUAUAGCAUAAGCAAGCUCAGCUGUUCAUUUAUAAACUGAGCAGUCCAGUGGUGAACACUUUCAGGCCCUUUUGGUUUUAUCGAAAGUUUCCUGUCACCACAAGUGUCACUGCAGGUGACUCCUGCGUGGGUGGUUGACUGCAGGGGAUGAGGAACUUGUUCUUACAUGCCAAACCACAGUCACUGCCACACAUCAAAUCAAACUGUACUGUACAGAUCAUAUAAUCUAAGUGAAAAGUGAGGCUGAAUGAUAUACUGAUAGUAUUUAUAUGUUACACAUAAAGUCACAAGUAUAUAACUCUAUUGCAUCUUCUGUGAAUAACUUAGGCACAAGGAGGUGGUGAAGCUGCUGAGGAAGACUGGAGCUCACUUCUUCAGAGACGAGUUGGACGAAGCAGGAACUGAACUGUGCAGCCUGGCAGCCAGCGGUGACCUGGAGGGCCUAGAAAUGUGGAAACUUGCUGGAGCUGAUCUGAAUAAACCAGGCUAUGACGGACAGACAGCACUUCGACUGGCCCACGCUAUCGGCAAAAAGGAAGUGGUGGCAUUUUUAGUCCAACUCAUGGGCAAAAAAUCCAAGCCAGUAUUUGGUGAAUUUAACGAGUAUGAUGAGGAUGAGGAUGAUGAUGAUGAGGUUCCAGUUACUCAAAUUAAUUGUCAGUUGCGGCCCUGCUUUCGAGAAGCAACCGUGAUCGUUGAGAGUUCAGCUAAGCGUGCCUCAGACCUCUUUGUUUUUCAUCAAAACUACACCAAUACCUAGCGGAGUGAUUGAGUUUACAGCCACCCCGACAGGACUGUGAGCUGACGUUGUCUCGACCAACAGGAAUCGUCCUCCUUCAGCAUCCACGUCCCUCCCCCAAGCCGUCCUCUUCACACCGUCCACAGCACUGUUCUAUACUUCACAGAGCGACUGUGACUUUGCAUGUUGGAUUGUCAUACUUUCUUACAGUGUUUCCCUCCAAACCCAUUCAUAGCACAACUUUGUGUAAGCACUACUUUGAGUGCAAGGUGAACAAAAAGGGCAGCACUACAUGUAUGCAGAUGUGUUGUUGUUGCACAGUAGUAUAUGUAUGAAAAUGUCCAAUCAGGGAUUGAGGGUGAACUUCACCUGAGCUGUUUUAACAUGGAGAAUGCUGAAACCUCCCAUUACAUCAUGUUGUUAUAUGUACUAAAAGAGUUACAGAACUCUUGACUACAGUAAUGUUACGUCAUAAGAUAAUAUAGCAAUAUAUUCAGGAUAUCUGAAAGUACAGGGUACACUUACAGAUUUUAUUUUUAUGGUUAUUUUUACAGUGAAAUGCUGCAAAGUUUGAAGUAAACUAAUGAACAUAUCUUUUUAUUAUCUGUGAUGUUAUUCAACUAUAGCCCUUGUCCACUGGCUCUGAAGCAGAGUACUUCCUGUUGCUCAAACAGGUACUACAAAGACCUGCAGUUAUCUUCCAGACUCAUCCAGCCUGUUUCUUGCACUGACUAGCAAGAUGGAAGAUUCGCAUAUCUCACUCUGAAAUGGAAAAAGGAAAAUUCAGACUGUUGUGUCUGUGUUCUCAUUCAUUUUGAUGUCAACUUGUAUUCUUUGCGUCCACGAUCACAGACAAAUGGCUUAAUGUACUUUCCUUAUUUUUAUUGUGUGACAAACAAUUUCAAACAUCGCUACACUUGUUUGAUUUGGAAAAGUUAAUAAAUCAAUCUUGGUCCGUGUAGUUUACACUGUCAUGUUAACAUCUGUCAGGGAAUCUUCUGUGAUUAAUGGGACUUUGAAGUGCAAAUGUUGAAAUGUUACUGUCCCAUUGAUAUAUUCAAAAAGGGUGUCUCUCUGUGUGUGUGUGUGUGAGAGAGAGAGAAAAAGGGAUUCGGUGGUCUUCUGUGGAAAUAAAAGCAACGGAAAUAAAUCUUUUCUU